GGGGGGGGGUGAGCGUGUGCUCCUUGAUGAAGAAAAGAUGAAUGUGAAUGGGAAAGGACUCAUGCAUCCUUCAUCUCUUUGCGGAUGGGUGGUUUUCUUUGAAUGACCCACAGGAGCUAUCAGAAUUUACAUAAUCGAACCAAUCUAUUGGGUGGGCUUGACGCCACGGCCUCACGAACACCGUCGCCUUCAUCGUAUAUCAACAGCAGCAGCAGUGGUCGAGGAUCACCGUCUGUUUCCACGAAUAAAAAGAAUGACGAUGCCAUAGGCAUACGGAUGAACGAUCGCGAUUUAGAGUAUUUAGAAAGUCAGAACGAUCAAGAUAUUUCAGGGUUAUCAGCCAAAGUAAAGAUCUUGAAGAAUAUUACAGGCAAAAUUGGCGAAGAGAUUCGAUCGGGAAAUAGUUUUAUUGAACAGAUGAAUGAUCAUUAUAUGAAUACUGGCUCGGUGUUGGGCAAAACGAUGCAUCAGUUCAAAAUCAUGGCAGAAAAGCAGUCAGGCACAGUCUGGUGGGUGCUAACGCUAUUUGUGGUGGCCAUCAUUUACUUUUUUUACAUUUGGUUUUUCAAGUAAUAAAGCGUGGUUUAUCAGGGGAGCUUUUUGUGUCAGAGGGGAAGGGCAGGAAAAUUUCCCAAAAUUUCGAGCACAGCAGCCCUUUUUAUUUAUUUUUUUUCUGCGAUUUUUUUU